AUGACUGGGUCUUGUCCUGAUCAUCAAAGUGAUGAAGAAGAAGAAGAAGAGACGAACCGCAUUUCAUCUACAGAUGUUUGUAUUGCUGGGAGCACCGAGGAGCAACUACGCAAAGCAAAUAUUGUCUAUGCCCAUCCUGAAGCAGUUGUGUCAUCUCGUCCCUAUUUACUGUCUGAUGCAAUCCAAAAUACCGUGGUUGCUACGGUGGUAGAUGAAGCACAUUGCAUAGUAGAAUGGGGUCUGGAUUUUAGACAGGACUUUGCAAAGUUAGCCAUUUUAGCUAGCCUAUUUCCACAUACUCCAACAGCUGCAAUGACGGCAACCGCUCCCCAAGAUUACAGAGAAGCCAUAAUUAAAUCACUUUGCUUGAAGAAGCCAGUAAUUAUUAGCAGGAACCCCGACAGAGAAAACAUCAUGUAUGCCGUAAAGAGUCGAUUGCCCUCUACCCAUGGUGUUCAAAGUUACCACGACAUACUCUAUCCAAUAGCCAUCAAGUUGCUUGAAGAACGCAUCUGUUAUCCAUCCACUAUCAUUUACAUGAAACUAAAGUACUGCGGCUAUGCACACAGGCUAUUUGAAAAUGUACUUGGAGUUCAUCAGUACUAUCCAGAAACAUGUGCUGGUCCAGAUCACAGAUUGUUCGGUCAGUAUCAUGCGCCCCAAACUGAAGAAAUGAAACAAGUUCUGCUCAAGCAACUGUCAUCACAUCAGAACACAUGCAGGGUUGUGUUUGCCACAUGUGCAGUAGGGAUGGGUGUAGAUGCCCCAAGUAUUCGCCAUGUUGUACACAUUGGAGUGCCACAUACAAUGGAAGCUUACUUUCAAGAGACAGGACGUGCAGGACGUGAUGGUUGUCCAGCCACAGCCACUAUGUACUUCAACGGUUCAGAUAUAGCAAAGAACAAGGCAGGCAUGCAACAAAUUAUGCGGGAAUUAUGCCGAGGAGAUAAAUGCAGGAGAGCAACUAUUCUUCAACAUUUCGGGUACAAGCCAAGUGUCACACAGAGAAGCGCCCUCCAUCGGUGCUGUGAUAUCUGCAAGUUGAAGUGUCCAUGCCUUGAAUGUGAUAUGGAAUUAUGUCUCAACCUCCUAUAUGAUGAUGGCGACUCACAGUAGGAUUUGCAUGAAAUGUUGUAAUUGCACAAUCUUUCUGUACAUGGAAAGUAAAUCAACAUCCGUCAUGAUCGACCCACACUAGCAAAAACUUGUCUUGUAUCAUCUCUUUAUUGUCCAGCUUCAAAAACCGAUCCCCAAAAAUAAAACAAAGUACAUGUAAAAAGAUAAGCUCCCAAUUAUGCAAUUGCAAGGAACACAACGAUUAUUACAUGAUGCCAGUCAAUGUGUUUCUAGUCACACUGAAAAAAAAAAAAUACAUUUGGCGUUAAUGGUGUAAAAAGUCAAAUUGAUUAUUUUUAUUUGCUCUUAUAAAUGUUUUGUCUUACAAGAACUCUGUGGUGGGAUGAUGGUCAUGAAAGGUUUUUUCCUUUCUUUUUCAAAUGUUCAAAUGUUUUCGUAACAUUAACAUCUGUGUUUGUUGCAAUGUCUGUAGGCUUUGCUACACAAAGGCAUUG